AUGAAGAGCAUCAUAGAACCCCAACUGUGGGUUCUGGUGGCUCUCGUCACCACCUUAGCUGCCACGGCAAAUGCCGACUCCACGUGGAAACCCGACUUGCCACUGCCACAUCUUCCGUAUCUUUACAGCUCACCGCCGCCACCACCAUACAAAUAUAAGUCGCCUCCACCACCGCCUUAUAAAUAUGAGUCGCCACCACCUCCACCAUACAAGUACGAGUCUCCACCACCGCCACCAUACAAAUAUGAAUCUCCACCGCCACCACCUUAUAAGUAUGAAUCACCUCCACCACCACCAUACAAAUAUAAGUCACCACCACCUCCUCCCUAUGUGUACAAGUCUCCUCCGCCACCGCCAUACUUGUACGAAUCCCCUCCACCACCUCCUUACAAGUAUGAGUCUCCACCACCACCACCAUACAAGUACAAGUCACCUCCUCCACCGCCAUACAAAUAUGAAUCUCCACCCCCACCACCUUAUAAGUAUGAAUCACCUCCACCAUCACCCUACAAAUACAAAUCACCACCACCGCCGCCUUACAAGUAUGAAUCGCCUCCACCUCCGCCGUACAAAUAUGAGUCUCCACCACCACCACCUUACAAGUAUAAGUCACCUCCACAACCACCACCGUACAAAUAUAAGUCACCACCUCCUCCUCCUUAUGUGUACAAAUCUCCUCCACCACCAUCUUACAAGUAUGAAUCACCUCCGCCACCACCCUACAAAUACAAGUCUCCACCACCACCUCCUUACAAGUACGAGUCACCUCCACCACCACCAUACAAAUACGAAUCUCCACCACCACCUCCAUAUGUUUACAAGUCUCCACCACCACCGCCCUACAAGUAUGAAUCGCCUCCACCACCACCCUACAAGUACAAGUCCCCAUCACCACCACCAUACAAGUACGAGUCUCCACCACCACCACCAUACAAGUAUGAAUCCCCACCUCCGUCUCAAUAUAUUUACAAGUCUCCACCACCACCACCAUACAAAUACGAGUCGCCACCUCCACCUCCAUAUGAUUACAAGUCUCCUCCACCACCACCCUACAAGUAUGAAUUGCCUCCACCACCACCCUACAAGUAUGAAUCGCCUCCACCUCCACCCUACAAGUACGAGUCUCCACCACCACCACCAUACAAGUACGAGUCACCUCCACCACCACCAUACAAAUACGAAUCUCCACCACCACCACCAUAUGUUUACAAGUCUCCACCACCACCGCCCUACAAAUAUGAAUCGCCUCCACCUCCACCAUACAAGUACGAAUCUCCACCACCACCACCAUACAAGUACGAGUCACCUCCACCACCACCAUACAAAUACGAAUCGCCACCACCACCUCCAUAUGUUUACAAGUCUCCACCACCACCACCACCUUACAAGUAUGAGUCACCGCCACCUCCACCUUACGUAUACAAGUCUCCACCACCACCUUACAAGUAUGAGUCACCACCACCUCCCCCGUAUCUAUACAAAUCUCCACCACCACCCCCUUACAAAUAUGAAUCGCCUCCACCUCCACCUUACCAAUACGAGUCACCACCGCCUCCUCCUUAUCUUUACAAGUCUCCUCCACCUCCACCCUACAAGUACGAGUCUCCACCACCACCACCAUACAAGUACGAGUUACCUUCACCACCACCAUACAAAUACGAAUCGCCACCACCACCUCCAUAUGUUUACAGGUCUCCACCACCACCACCUUACAAGUAUGAGUCACCGCCACCUCCACCUUACGUAUACAAGUCUCCACCACCACCUUACAAGUAUGAGUCACCACCACCUCCCCCGUAUCUAUACAAAUCUCCACCACCACCCCCUUACAAAUAUGAAUCGCCUCCACCUCCACCUUACCAAUACGAGUCACCACCGCCUCCUCCUUAUCUUUACAAGUCUCCUCCACCACCACCUUAUAAGUAUGAGUCACCUCCACCACCACCCUACAAAUACGAAUCACCACCACCUCCUUAUGUUUACAAAUCUCCACCACCACCACCGUACAAAUACGAAUCACCUCCACCCCCACCAUACAAAUAUGAGUCUCCACCACCUCCCCCUUACAAGUACGAAUCUCCACCACCACCGCCAUACAAGUAUGAAUCACCUCCACCACCACUCUACGUAUACAAAUCACCACCACCUCCUCCAUAUGUUUAUAAAUCCCCACCACCACCACCCUACCUUUACAAAUCACCUCCACCCCCAUCUUACCUUUACAAAUCUCCACCACCUCCACCAUACAAGUACUAAUCACCCCACUCCCACCAUACAUUUCCCCAUCUCCCCAUCCACCAUCAUCCAAUUUGUUAUCAUAUCUCUUCAUCUCCUUUAUAUUAUUUAUUUACUAAAACCACCAUUUUUAUUCCAUUCCAACAAACCUUGUUCUUUUUUGAAUGCUUCAUCAUUAAUAUUGUUAAAGAUAAAAGUCUCACCUCUCUUCUAGUAUCCAUAAUGCUCAGCAUCCUAUCAAGGAGUUGCGGACAAAAAA